AUGGGAGUCGUCGUGCCCGUAGUUCGGUCAAAGGCUUGCGCCCGCAACUUACAACAGCAUUUCAGCAAAGCGUGGGAUUCUGGACUGCUCUCCUGGAACGCCGGUAAACUAAAUUUCGCAGACAAGAUGAAUACGUACCUUGGCUGUGUAAACACAGAACCACGACGACCGCAUAUAGGACACUCCAAACCCGUCGGAAAUAAUAUUGGCCAGCAACAGCCCACCUCAGCGAGCGGCGGUGGCCGACUUCCAACGAACCUAGACAGACUGGCGUCGGCAUUCAGCGCUCACGCUGAGGCCACAGACAGUGGCGCCGGUCACGCUAAUAGCAAUCAAACGGUGGAAGUAAACUUGAAGAGGCAGGACCAGGAAAAACCCUGGGGCAUCCGCAUUCAAGGUGGACGUGAUUACAACCUCCAACUGACUGUAAAAAAGCCAGAAUAUCUCUUAAUUGCAAAUAGUCCCUACGUCGAAAUCUAUGAUCUUAACUGGGACUUGCCACUGAACUGCAACAUGCUGAAGGAGUGGAUGGAAGAGGGAGAAGAACGGUACGGUACGAGACCGGACGGGACAGGAGAGAAAGAGCUAUUUUUGAUCUAA